GACUCGGAUGCCUGGACUUCACUUCAUUUCACGGUCGCCUAUCCGGCUAAAAGCAAGCUCUGUGACCCAUGGCUCCCUUGGGAACACCGCCGCACGUUCGCGACGCGUGAGAUUACCUGAGCAUGACUGGCGGUGAAGCCUAGAACGACAGGCAUUUCAGAUUGACUUCACUUCCAUACGCUCGCUCACUCCCAUUUGUUCACGAACACGACUACUACAGUCAUGGGAAGCGUAGAGACCGAAAACGCCUUCGAGGCAACUCCUCUAUACCAGAACAUCUGGGACUAUGUCAAAGAAUACAUGAGUCGCUACGACGCUUCUCACGAUUUCAACCACAUUCGACGCGUUCUGGCUCUCACAAAACACAUUCUCGCCGAAGAGAUAAAAGCCAAUCCUUCCAAGCAAUACGACUACCAAGCAUGCAUUCUCAGCGCCCUUCUCCACGAUGUCGGUGAUAAGAAAUACGCCCAGCCGGGCGAGAACGCAGAACAUCUAGUUUCUGCUCUCCUCAGCAAGAAUGGUUGCCCACCGAAGAACGUGGCAAAGAUCGCUCUCAUUGUGGAGAAUGUGUCGUACAGCAAUGAGAUAAAACGACCGCAGCUCGUCAAGGCCCAUAUCAAUUCACAUCCAGAACUUGCGAUUGUUCAGGAUGCGGAUCGUUUGGACGCUAUCGGGGCCGUAGGGAUUGGAAGGGUAUUUGCUUUCGGUGCCGUGAAGGCUUCGGAUCGCGGACUACAAGGCAGCAUAGACCAUUUUGACGAUAAGCUGCUGAAAUUGGAGAGCAUGAUGAAGACGGAGACAGGCAAGAAACUUGCUCGGGAGAGGACGGAGAGGCUGAGGCAAUUUCGAGAAUGGUGGGACGAGGAGAAUCAGCUGGAGUCUGGCUUGCCUUGAUAUGCAACGCUUCAAUCUUGAAGCUACAGGGGCCGUAGGCUCGAGAUUCCUCUUAACUGUACGAGCUGGACGCUUUCCAGCUGCAGUCGCAGCCUUCGCAUUCAGCCUCUUGUUUUUCUGUGCAAAUAGGGCUUCUAAGCCCACCAGCGUCCAGAUGUGUGCAAACGACAUUGUGCCGCCAGAAGGACCGGGAAACAGGGAAGCGGGAAUGCCGCCAUCUCUCCCGAAUCAUUUGACAAACACAGCCGUGGCACUACGCCGGCUAACGCCUUCAUGAUACCUUUGUGGCGAUCACAAUGCCUACUUGAUGUAGUUGUGCGCCUUCAAC